GCAUGCAACGCGCUGCUAUUGAAGGUCAACCAGAUCGGAUCCAUUUCGGAGGCGAUCGAUGCUGCCAACAUGUCCAUGUACAAUGGCUGGGGUGUCAUGGUGUCUCAUCGCUCUGGAGAGACGGAGGACUCCUUCAUCGCCGACUUGGUGGUCGGACUGCGCACAGGUCAGAUUAAGACUGGCGCGCCUUGCCGCAGCGAGCGCUUGGCGAAGUACAAUCAGCUGCUGCGCAUUGAAGAAGAACUUGGGUCCAAGGCCGUGUAUGCUGGGGAGAAGUUUCGCAACCCUUCCGCCUAG